AUGAAACAAUUUAGCUGCGAAAUACAUCUAUGUCACUUUCUGGUCAAAUUUAAUCCAGGGAAUCAAGGUGUAUCUCCAAAAGAAAUUUGUGAUAAAUUCCAUAAACUCCAUAAAGAAGCUUAUGACUGGUUUGGGAUUGAUUUUGACUGUUUUGGCCGAACAUCUUCAGAACACCAGACAGAGUUUGAUUUUUUCUUGAUUUUUUUAAAACUUUUUUUUAGAAUUGUUCAAGAUAUAUUUCUUAAAAUUCAUAAUAAUUCUUUUACUUCUGUUGGUAUUCAAAAACAGCUUCGGUGUUCUAAUUGUCAAAAAUUUCUUGCUGAUCGAUUUGUUCGUGGAAGUUGUCCUCAUUGUAAGUUCCUCGACGCUCGUGGGGAUCAAUGUGAUAAAUGUGGCCAUCUUUUGGAUGGCGUUGAACUUGUUGAACCAAGAUGUCUUAUUUGCGGAAGUGAGCCGCGCAUAGAGGAAUCUGAGCACAUUUUUUUGAAUUUGGAUCAGCUUUCGCCAAAAGUCCAAACCUAUUUGGAUACCGUUAUCGACUCUCCCAACUCACAUUGGUCAACUAAUGCAAUUUCUAUCACCCGUUCUUGGAUGAAGACUGGCCUUGAACGUCGUUGUAUAACUCGUGACUUGAAAUGGGGUAUUCCUGUUCCUCUCCCUCAGUUUUCUUCAAAAGUUUUCUAUGUUUGGUUUGAUGCUACAAUUGGUUAUUUAUCCAUAACAAAAUCCUUACUUGGCUCUAAAUGGAUUAAUUGGUGGAAAAAUCCAGAGCAAGUUGAACUUUACAAUUUUCUUGGAAAAGAUAAUGUCUCCUUUCACACAAUUAUUUUUCCUGCUUCUCUUUUGGCAACUGGAGAAAAAUAUACUCAUCCAAGGCAAUUUUAUUUUCUUAUUAAUUUUUAUAAAAUUUUAAUUUAA